UCGGCUCCUUUGGAGAUCGAAAGCUAUUAAUUUCAAUAACAAAAAUUGUAAAAAAAAAAAAAAAGUUUGCGGAAAAUUUAUGGGGAUCACCCGAAGCCUCCCCUCCAAUAGCGAUUUCGGUUGAAGUUAGUAUAACAUAUCUCUAAUUAUAAUAGGAGGAGAGGAAAAGAGUAUCUUAAGUUUGUCAAUCACUUUCGUUCACCAUAAGAGUGUUAUACUUUUGCAUAAGAGGGGAUUGUUAUGUAACCUGGUGUCAUAUAAAGCUGCUCUUAAGCUGUCUGAAUGACGGCUUGAUAAGAUUAGGGAAGUGGACACUUGGUUUUCUUCUCCAUGCUCUGUCCUGUUGGCAGAUUUUGAUGGCUGUUGUUCCCUCAUCGGAAACUCAAAGUGAAGGUCAAACUGAUAGGCACCCUUUGUUGAUGGAGCGAUCAGGCAAUGGUAACACCAAUGAACAUAUAAUUGAUAUAAGAAGGGGAGGUCUCGCUUCUGUGUCAUUGUCACAUGGAGUUGGUCACAAUGGUUCAGAUGAAUUACAUUAUGAAGGUGGAUCCUUGACGACUUCACAAGUCCCUGUUGUGCAGUCUUCUCCAGUGUCGCCAACAGCUAAUUCUAGAAGUGUUUCCUUUGGAAGGAGAGCUGAUAAUUAUGCCCGUCGUCAUAGAAGCCCUUUGAAUUCGGGUUUGUGGAUUUCAAUUGAGCUUGUUGUCAAUAUGAGUCAAAUUAUAGCAGCUAUUGUCGUACUCUCAUUGUCCAGGCAUGAGAAUCCGCAAGCCCCAUUAUUCGCAUGGAUCAUUGGGUAUACAAUUGGCUGUUUUGCCACUCUUCCACACCUUUAUUGGCGCUAUAUUCAUCGCAAUAAUCAGGGACCGGACCAAGAUUCUCCACAUUUGCGUCAGAGUUCUUCGCAUAACAAUCCUCCUGAGUCUACACCUUACACAGCCAUUUCAGUGAAUCAAGCCCUGGAAGAAGAGAACAGUCACAAUACAUCAUCGGCUUCACAGUUUGGACGGAAUUUAGUAAGUCCAAGGCUCAAUGCUUUUGUUGAUCACUUCAAAAUGGCUCUGGACUGCUUUUUUGCCGUGUGGUUUGUUGUUGGAAAUGUCUGGGUAUUUGGUGGGCACUCUGCUUCUGAUGCUCCCAACUUGUACAGGUUAUGUAUAGUUUUCCUCACAUUUAGCUGUAUUGGUUAUGCCAUGCCAUUUAUUUUGUGCGCAAUGAUAUGCUGCUGCUUGCCCUGUAUAAUUUCCAUCAUGGGCUUUAGAGAGGAUCUUGGCCAGAACAGAGGAGCGACCUCUGAAGUAAUCGCCUUGUUGCCAACUUAUAAGUACAAGUCGAGGAGAAGUGAAAAUGCAGAAGAGAGUGACGAUAACUUGGAGAGCCAGGCUGAGGGUGGAAUCUUGGCUGCUGGUACUGACAAGGAGCGGACUAUCUCAGCUGAAGAUGCUGUUUGUUGCAUUUGUCUGGCCAAAUAUGUUGAUGGUGACGAUCUCCGUGAACUUCCAUGUACUCACUUCUUCCAUAUGGAAUGUGUGGAUAAGUGGCUCAAGAUAAAUGCACUGUGCCCUCUUUGCAAGUCCGAGGUUGGAAUUGCAAGUUCAACAUCAAGCACUAACUCAGAUCGACGCCACAGUGAUAGGAGAGUUGCAAGUGGAUCAGAUAUCCAACAAGUUCAAUAGCGGUAGGCGUUAAAGAAUCUCAGUUGAGGAACAUCUGGUGAAAUUGUUUUCUUACACGAUCCCCUCAAAUUGUGUAUCUAUGUAAAGUGUAGUUGGAGAUUGGAUUAGGGUUUCGCCCUUUUUUUGCCAUUUUCUGCUUUACUUCACCCCCCCACCCCCAACCCCCACCCUCUUUUUUU